GAAGGACGAGUGUGGUGUGUGCAUUUGGCAGUUAAUUAGACUUGUCUUGAACUGUCAGCGCGGUGGGGCUCCAUAAUGCUGAAACUAUUCUCAAAUGCUGUAAAAAGGCGGUCUGGACUCUUAUCAUGCCCAAGGUCCAUCUCACCCGUCGUCAGCGCAUUCGGUCAUACGUGUUGUGUUGAACAAGAUGACGUCCCGUUCCACAUCAUGGUUGAAGGAUACUAUGAAAAAGCCUCUAAGCUUGUUGAGCAGAAACUUAUGUCAGAACUUCAAUCAAGAGCCCCGGAUGAUGAAAAAGCGAAAAUUGUCAAAGGAACACUGAAUAUAAUACGGCCACCUAACCAUAUAUUUGAGGUCAACUUUCCCCACAAAGCUGAUGACGGAAAUUACAAAAUUAUUCAAGGAUUUAGAGCCCAACAUAGUGUCCACCGAAGACCCACCAAAGGAGGCAUACGAUAUAGCCUAGAUGUAUGUAGGGAAGAAGUUGUAGCGUUAGCUGCUUUGAUGACUUACAAAUGUGCUGUUGUGCAUGUGCCAUUUGGCGGUACUAAGGGAGGAAUUAAAAUAAAUCCGAAAGAUCACUCUGUUGGAGAGUUAGAAAGAAUAACUCGUCGGUUCGCGCUUGAACUUGCGAAACAAGGAUUUCUUGGUCCCGGCACCGAUGUUCCUGCGCCGGAUAUGGGUACUGGACCUCGUGAAAUGAGUUGGUUCGCCGAUACCUACGUAACUACUGUAGGCCACAAUGACAUGCAUGCACACGCUUGUAUAACAGGAAAACCAAUUGCCAUGGGUGGGAUUCAUGGCAGCAUAUCCGCCACCGGACGUGGUGUUUUCCAUGGGAUAGAAAACUUUCUAAAUAAUCCAAAAUACGCUGAUACCAUUGGCUUAACUCCAGGUCUAAAAGAUAAAACAUUCAUCGUUCAGGGAUUUGGAAACGUUGGUCUACAUACAAUGCGUUAUCUCGUCCGUGCAGGCGCAAAAUGUAUUGGUGUUGCUGAAAUAGAUGGACAAAUCUUUAACCCAGAAGGUAUAGAUCCCGUGAACUUGAGGACUGGCAGAUCGCUAACGGCACAAUAGUUGGUUUUCCACGUGCUCAGGCUUAUACCGGUGAAUCGCUUCUUUUUGAAGAAUGUGAUAUCCUUGUUCCUGCCGCUAACGAAAAGCAAAUCCAUGGUGGUAAUGCCGAUAAGAUCCGUGCCAAAUUAAUUGGAGAAGGUGCCAAUGGACCAACAACACCGAAAGCUGAUAAAAUUUUGAGGGAGAAAAACAAACUGAUUAUUCCAGAUUUAUAUUUAAAUGCUGGAGGCGUUACGGUAUCGUACUUUGAAUGGCUGAAAAACCUAAACCACGUUAGUUAUGGAAGACUGACGUUUAAAUAUGAACGGGAUUCCAAUUAUCAGUUGCUGAGUAGUGUACAGCAGUCGCUAGAAAAGAAGUUCAAUGAUAAGGUACCAAUUAUACCGUCUGAAGAUUUUCAACUUCGUAUUGCAGGUGCAUCUGAACGUGAUAUCGUUCAUUCUGGUUUAGAAUAUACCAUGGAGAGAUCAGCAAAGCGUAUUAUGAAUAUUGCAGACGCUUACAAUCUUGGACUUGAUGUUCGUACAGCCGCUUAUAUCAGCGCUAUUGAGAAAAUUUACAACGUGUACUUAGCAGCUGGCUGUGUAUUCACCUAAUGUGUGCACAUAUACACAUUCCUUGUGCCUCCGGUGUUUAUUUUUCUGCGUACUUUGUUACUAUUGUAGGUAACAUUAUGCAGGGUGGACUGCAAUAAAAAUAAACUUCAAAACUUGCUUUACAUAUUUAUUUACAUGAUGAAAGCACACGAUGAUUUGGCCUUUCACAUUUGUGCACGCGCCACAU